GACGUCCUAGCGAAGGGACGCCCGAGAUCGUCCGCUGGCUGCCGAGGGAGGGGGGCCGAGGCAGAACCUGUUUCCUUUUUUUUCUUUUUUCUUUUUUUUUUUUAAGGGGCGGAAGGAGAAAGUGACAGUCUCGGCGAAAGUUGUGCAAAUGGAGGGAAAGUGAAAUGUUAUGUUUUAUGUGACAAUGAGGAUAGAUUGUUUUUUUAUUGUUUAGUUUUGAUAAUUAAAAACAAAAUCGAAAUAAAGAGUGUUAAGUGGUGGUUUGCAGCCGCGAGGGAAAAUGCGUCGUUAGAUUUCAGUGACAAACAACACCAACAGUGAUGCCAGAAUCCAAAGGAACAGUGACUUGAAUCGCAGCAAGACAGCGAGGUCGGCUGAGGUCAGGGAGCACCAGCGAAGUCAAGGGAAAGAGAGAGAGAGAAAAAGAACAAAACAAAACAGGACAAGACAACAGCAAACCCAUCUGCCCAGGAGGAGGAGGACCGUGACUUAAGACAACCCUCUAUCAUCAACCCAGUCACUGUUGUCAAGAUGAAAGCAGGCCGACGAUUGCACUGGCUAAGCGGUAUAAUUGGCAGUGCUAUGGUGAUUUACCUGUAUGCCCUGAGACAGUCGCCAACGCCCGUUCCCUUUCUGCAGAGUUCACCACAGCCACUAGAUACACAGCAAAGGGCCUCUUUACACAGCACUCCGUCACGAGUAAACAUAGACCCAUUUCUCACGUCACAAGCAACCACAGCGUUACGCCCAUCUGCGUCACAGCCCGAUAAGUUAUUUGCACAGGGACUCCGGAGGGAAACCGGCGGCCAUGUUGGUUUAGUUCCAUCUGGCGCGAGUCUUACAGCUGGUGUGAGUGAAGGUGGAGGAGGAGUUGGCAAAAGAGGAGUAGGAGGAAAAGGUGAAGGAAGAACAGAAAGUGAAAAAGGAGGCAGUGGAGAGAGUGACAAAGUAGGAGGGGAUGGCAAAAAGGGGAAAGGAGGUCAGGAAAUAGGACUAACCAGAGAGGCAACGAGAGAAAUAGAUUGGAAUGAUGGGGAAGAAAAGCCGAAAAAAGACGAAAAAGGAAGCCAACAAGAAGAACGAAGAGAAGAGAGAAAUGAAAACAAAAUAACUAAUCAAGAAGAAAUAGAAAAAGACCAAAAGAAGGAUAAAGAAAACGUAAAAGAAAACCAGAGAGAAGGAAAAACAACAUCAGCCAAAGAAAACGAGACAAAAACCUCAGUGAAAGAAAACAAGGCAGAAAAUUUAGCAAAAGAAAAUGAGACAAAAACCUCAGCGAAAGAAAACGAGGCAGAAAAUUUAGCAAAUGAAAACGAAACAAAAACCUCAGUGAAAGAAAACGAAGUAGAACAUUUAGCAAUAGAAAACGAGACAAAAACCGUAGUAAAAGACAAACUAGUCAAAGAAAACGAGACUGGAACAUUAUUGAAAGAAAACGAAUCAGGGAUAUUAGUGAAAGAAAACGGGAAAGAAAUGAAGAUGGUAACAGUGUCUUCUGUGGACGGAUUAAACAUCACCGCAACGGGAGUCAAUGGGAUACGUAGACUCAUGACCCAAGAGGAAUAUCUAAAAGUGAAGAAAAUUCACCAAGACAGAAUCUCGUUGGUAAAAGAGCGAUGCGAGAAGUUUACCCCGACCGCCACCAGGGGACUCACGGCGCUGAUCAACAGAGGGAGCCACUACAAGCUGGGCAACAAGCUGUUUCUUCCUCAGGAUGUUAUCAAUUCGAAUUUCCAGAUUGAUGAGAGACACCGCGUGACCUUCUGCUGGCAAUACAAGGUCGGGUCAACAGCCUGGAAUGCAAUGUUCGCCUACCUGCUCAACCAAACCAGUGUAAUCAGGCGGAAAACUUUCUACGACAUGCGCAAGAUCAUGACCGUGAAGACCAUGAAAGAGUUCAAGAAAUCCAUGGACUUCUACAAGUUCCUCAUCGUCCGCGAGCCUCUGGAGAGACUCUUGUCGGCGUACAGGGACCGCAUCGAAGACACUUCUCACCGCUCGUGGCAGAGAGACAACUACGUGCCGAAAAUACUCAAGGUUACGAGACCCCAUCUGAAGAGCGCCGACAUCAGAGUCAACGGGACCCUCGUCGUCAUCCCCACCUUCAGGGAGUUCGUGGAGUACCUGCUGGUGACGCCCAUAGGGAACUACGACCCCCACUGGCGCCCUUACUGGAAGCACUGCGCCCCCUGCGUCGUCUCCUUCCAGGCCAUCGGCAGGGCGGAGACGCAGGCGCAGGAUAUCCGCUUCAUCCUGGAGGACUCCGGCCUGGCGAGGGAGAUCGAUAAUACGGUCCUUGAGCAAAACGCGCACCACGGUCGAGGCAGCACGCACGACCUCCUCGUGUCUUACUACUCGACCCUCGACAUCUCCACCCUCGAGAAGCUCUACCGGCGCUACGAGGUCGACUACUUCAUCUUCGGCUACGACAUCCAGCUCCUCCUCGACGAACUCCACCCUCACAGGAAUAUCUCCUUCAAGUCGAGGUUCUGAGAUGUUUUGUCCCAAGUGUGUUCUCAAGGUCUUGUUUUAAACAGACCGGUGGACGUGGCCGCGGGGUCGUUGCGAGGAACCUGGCAGUGAACGAUCAAGGUCUGACAAGGUCUUGCGUGGUCCUCCUUCCAUCUUCUAUCGGCAUAAGCUAAAGCCUGUCAGCAUUUGGUAAGGUCUCGCAAGGUCUGCCAAAGCCUGGCAAGGUCUGCCAUCUAUCAUCGUGGUCUAGCAAGGACUUCUCGUCAUCUGUGAACACCUACUAAGGUCUGUCAAGAUUUGACAAGGUCCAGCAUCGCCUAUCAAUAUGUGUUAAGGUCCGCCAAGGUCUUUCAAAGUCUGGCAAACUGUUUGUUUUACCUUUGGUCGUGUGAUGCCAUGCCAGUGUGAUACUGUGUGUUGCUUCUUGUCGGCCAUAACUCACUGUUGGUCCAGUGGCCACGGAGUUGACUUGCUUAGGAAAGACAAUACCAGAAAGUCGUGAAGAAACCACAUGGAAAUAUCAAGAGUAAUUAAAACGUUCUUGUGAUUAACAUAAAAAGACUUUUCCGAUAAAAAGAAUAAAGUAUGGUGAUAUCCAAGACAUGUGAUGAGCUAUUAAAGAACAAAUAUUUUUACAAUAUACUAUGACUAAAACCUCCAAAA